UUUUACAGAUAGAAUAUCAUUUAUAACUUUUCUAAAUCAUGACUAAUAAAUCAUAUUUACUAAAGUGUUUUGCUCUUUUAUAUUUGAUACAAAUUUCAACAGAAGAUACUAUUGCAGACGAUUUUAAAAAAUAUGUUAUUGAAUCAUUAAAUUACAUUCGUGAACAAACUGGUUGGAAGUCUUUGAAAAAUAUACAAUUUAAACAAGGUGAUUACACAUCUAACAUCGACAACUUUACCAGUGAACUAAUAGAUGAAAAUAAUUAUCUUAUAAAACUUAAUUAUAUGACUCAUCUUGUAAACUGUAAAUACACUAAAAAAAUACAAAAAUUUAACUAUUUUUUAAGUCUAAUUUUAGAUAAAUGUGAAACAUUUUUAAAUAGAAAAAAAGAUUUUGAAUUUGAAUUUUGUGUGAAUCAUGUGUUUGAAAUUAUAAAUAAUUCGAAAAUGAUGUUUCUUAAAUUAUUAGAUGUAACCAAGUAUAUUGACAAGAUAGAUCUACGAAUAAUAAAUCCACUUACACUUAGUCUUAAACCUAUAAACAUUGAAGUAGAAUAUUUAUUCAAGGCUGAUGUAAUGAAGAUUAAAAAAAAGUCAAAACGAGAUUGCCAAAAAACCUUGCCUAAAAGUAAAGUUCUCUAUACUUUCCAAAAAAUUAGAGAUUUUAGUACAGAUAUUUUACAAAUGGUAUUAAUCCUCUAUAAAAAUAGAGAGGUAUGUGGUCCCUUUAAUGAAAAUUUAAUUAAUAUGGAAUCAUCAAAUGAAAAUGGUAUACAAGAAUUAAUUAAAUCGUUUAAUGAUCUCAAAAAUUAUGAUCAGGAUAUUCUAGUUUAUUUCAAUUCUUACUAUAAACAAGUCGUUGAUAGUUGUUACUUGCAACUAGGCUUCGAACAAUUAAUAGGGACUAAUAAUUUCAAAUAUAAUCAUUGUUCGAGUAACAUCUAUUAUUUGAAAGAUGGCGUUCGUAUAUAUAACUUUUUACUUUCUCACAGCGGUUGGAAAUCUUGGAAACACCUUAGUGUAAUAAAUUACUUUACUAAAAAAGUAUUAAUAGAUAAUGAACCAAUACAUUAUACUGACAUAAUUGGCCAAGUAAAUAAAGCUAACUAUUCAGUUAUACGGACAAGUACUGUUCAAGUUUUAAGAUGUCGCUACCUGGAAAUAAUUGAACAUUUUAAAAAUAUGUUGGACACCGUAGUAAAGAUUAGCGAAAACGAAGAUAAAAUCGAUUGUGCGAUAAAUAUCUAUGAAACAAUUUUUAAAUCUGAUGGAAUGUUUAAAAAUUUCUUGUUUGCUUUAUGUACAUUAAGACAUACGGCAAGAGAUAAAAUUAAUCGCAUUGAUUCAACUUCCUUAGAGAAACUGAUCGAACUUUAUAGAAAUUUUAUUUAUGACGUCAAAAGAAAAUACAAUUCAACAAAUGUAUUUGUUUACAAUAAACUAAACGAAGCCACAUUAUUCAUUAAUGACAUAAAGUGUGCUCAUAUUACAAAUUUAAGUAAUGCAUUUAUAACAGCAGAAAGAUAUAUUAGAACAACUUGUAAAAUCAAUAAAGAACUUUCUGAUAUGGGUCAUUUAAUGGAUAGAUUUAUGGAAUUAAAUAAAUCUAGUAAUUUAAUAAAAAAUGGUAAUAUUCAUAAAUCUAUGUGUAAGUUUUUAAAUUUUUUUAUCGAAAAAAUGACAAAAGAAAACUAUGACAAUUUAGGCUUUAAUAAUAUUAAUAAAAUUAUUCUAUAAAAACCAAAUUUUUUUUGUAAUCUUAACUUUUCUUCAUUGUUUCAAUAUAAUUAUAUUUUUAUUAA